AGUGGGGCUUGGCUUGGCUUCAUUAGACAGUCCUCCAAAUUGGAAUGCCUUGCAUUGUGUUGUGCUGUUGUCCUCCUCAUCCUCAUCCUCAUCCUUAUCAUAGCAGCAGCAGCAGCAGCAGCAGCAGUUUGUGAUCCAUCACUGCUAACUUAUCUCAACUUCCACAUCAGGAUCAGAUCAAUGGGGUUGGGCUUCAUGACUGGGGAGAUUGUGAGGGCUGUAUUUGCAAAAGGCACUCAUCAUCAUCAUCAUCAUCAUGCAAGGGUGGGGAAGAAGAGAUGGAGAAGCUCGAUGAUGAGGAGAUCGUAUCUAUGUGGUGAUUCACUUAUUGAAGAUGAGGAGGAGGAGGCAGUGGUGGUGGGGGCAUUGAGUUCUUUCAGGAGCUGUACUGCUGGAACUCAGGAAGGAGUUGGCCCUGUUGCAGAGGAGGAGGAGGAGGAGACUGCUGCAUCCCUAAGAAGCUCUGAGGAGAGUAAGCAACUGCGACAAGAAGAGGACGCUGACGCUGCUGCGUUGAUCAUCCAGUCUGCAUUCAGAACAUUUCGGGAGGCGAAACGUGCAGCGGUGGCGGCAGCCAAGAUGAGUCCACCAAGUAGUAGCAUCUGCAUCUGCACCUCCGCCACACCCACAUCCGUUGAAGUUCAAACCGGGAAUGAUUCUUCAUCGGAUAUCUUCUCCUUCAGCAGCAUCUCCCAUCUAUGUGGAUGUGGAUGUGGAUGUAGUGGCCCUACCACUCACCAUCACCAUCGCCAUCGCCAUCCAGCCAGACCCCAAGUGCUGAAAAUCCAGGAGGAGUGGGACGACAGCAGGGUGAGCAGGAAGAUGAGAAUCCAGAAUCGGAUGGAAGCGGCAACCAGGCGGGAGAGGGCUCUCGCGUAUGCAUUCUCCCAACAGCUGAGAAUGACUAGUUCAAAGAGAAAACAAAGCACGGCCAGAGAUGAUGAAUCAGACACAAACAGGGGCUGGCUUGAACGAUGGAUGGCAGCCCGUCGUCAUUGCCCAGACCACCACAAACCUGCUGCUGCAGUUCCUGUGCGUAUAAUAAGGAAAGUAAUGAUGGAGGAGGAGGAGGGCAAGGAGAAUAAGGAGAGCUGCUGCUGCUGCUGCGGUGGAUCUAAUGAUGUAGUAGCAGCAGCUUCUUCUUCUUCUUCGCUACUAUUAUUCCAAGUUGGUGCGGUUUCAUCUUUCGUACUCGAACCAAAUAAUAAUAGUAAUGUUCAAAGAAGCCGCAACAAUAAUACAGGCAUACGCCCAGCUUCCCAUCGUCGCCAGAACUCAGCAUCGCGUCCAAAGCUGGAUGUAAAGAAGGAAGUUGAUGACAUGGAGGAGGAUGAGGACGACAACAAGGAGAAAAGGAAACGACUGAGGCAUCCUCCUCCUCCACCUAUAGCUACAUGAUAUGAUACCCAGAGAGAUCAAAUUAAAGAGAAAGGAGGAACAACGCCACAACUCAAAACUCAAAUGAUCACCAUAUGUAAAUAUAUAAAUGUAUAUUCGGGCUGGAGUUCUCUUUCUAGUCAGAUUCUUUUCUUUUCUUUCUGUAUGUAUCUAUGUAGAGUGAUGGAUAGAUAGAUAGAUAGAUGGAUGGAUGGCAGUCUGGCACUCUAAUUAACCGGUAAUGUGUGUGUAUUUUGUCUGUCCCCUCCCUCCCUUCAUUAAUUUCAUCAGCAGACCCGCGAUUAAUUAAUUAAUUAAUAUGUG